AUGUCAAAUUUGAGUCACUUGCCUAUUGAUAUAGCUCCUCAUAUUAAAGAGGCUUUGUAAAAUAAUGGUCCAGUAGUUGCCUUAGAAUCUACAAUUAUUACUCACGGAAUGGAAUAUCCAAACAAUGUUAAUUGCGCUUUGGAAGUUGAAGAAUGUGUUAGAUAAGGAGGCGGUAUCCCUGCCACUAUUGCUAUUAUUUAAGGCAGAAUCAAAAUUGGUAUCACCAAAGAAGAAAUAGAUUAUUUAGGAAAGGAAGGAAGAAAAUGCAAAAAAUGUAGCAGAAGAGAUUUAGCAGUUUGUUUAGUUCAAAAAUUGAAUGGAUCUACUACUGUUGCUGCUACUAUGAUUUGUGCUAAAUAUGCAGGAAUUAAAGUUUUCGUUACAGGAGGUAUCGGUGGUGUUCACAGAGGUGCAGAAUAAACCUUCGAUAUUUCUGCUGAUUUAAAAGAACUUGGCUCUACUCAAGUUGCAGUUAUUUGUGCAGGAGCUAAGUCCAUAUUAGACAUCCCUAAGACUUUAGAAUAUUUAGAAACUGAAGGCGUGCCCAUUUUAGGAUAUAAGACUGAUAAAUUCCCUGAAUUCUUUGUUAGUGAUUCUGGAUUUAAAACUUCAAGCAGUAUUGCUUCUGAUAAAGAAUGUGCUGAAGUUAUCCAUAUGCAAUUUAGCAGACUUAACUUGCAAAAUGGUAUCCUCAUUACUGUUCCUGUACCAGCUGAACACGAAGCUGAUGGAGAAAAAGUUAAGGAAGCUAUUAACUAAGCAUUAAAAGAACACGACGAACUUGGUAUUACUGGCCCUGAAUCUACUCCUUUCUUAUUAAAAAGAGUCAACGAAAUUACAGGAGGAGAAUCAUCUAAAUCAAACAUAGCACUCAUUAAAAAUAAUGCUGUCACUGGUGGUAGAAUUGCUAAGGAACUUUCAUUAAUUGCUUCUAAGAAAGAUUGA